GCCUUCUCAGCCAUCAAUCUUGAGCCCGAGGACAGCAUCGAGGAGGAAGUUGAUGUCUCCCGGGAGCUCCAGGUCGACGAUGCCCUGAAGCUCUUCCAGAACGCCCUCAAGCUUCAUGCCCAAGGGCCCCGGUUCUUCGACGAUGCUGCGGCUGCUUACGACGAUCUCUUCCUGUCCGACAUCUUCAAACUCCCCGAGAGUGCUACCGAAUAUGAGCGAACAGAGCGACAACAGCAUCCUUUCCUUCCUCUCGAAUCCUCGCUUGCCUCGGGCCUCGAUGCGGCUGGUACAUACGCCGAUGGCAGCGAGUCGAGUCUUCCACAGGCAUUAUUUCUCUCAUAUAAGAAUCAUGGGCAGUUCAUACUGGACAGAAUAAAAUCAAGAGCACGUCGAGCUGGAAAAUCUGCGCACGAGGUAUUCGAAGACCCUGUGGUGAUGAGCGAUGCUCGCAAGGCAAUAGACGAUUUUAACGCUGCGUUGGAUCGAGACCCGUCCGACGCCGAGUUGUGGAGGCGUACCGCAAGGACAGCUGCAUUCCUUAACAGCGCCCGCAUGAGUCGAUAUUGUCUUGAAGCCGCAAUUGAAUUGGAUGAUGACCCUGCCGUCGUCGAUGUGGAACCACCAUCCCUCGCCGAAGGCUUUGCUGGAGAACAGCUGAAAGACCAACUGUGCGUCCUGGGUGAUGAUGUUUCCCUUACACACCCUAGCAUCAAAACAUACUUGGAGAAGGAGAUGCCGCCUCUCCUCAAGCGGCAUAUUGAUCCCGUCCCUUUCUUGCCCAACCCGACCAUACAAUUGGGUGAACGCAAGGAGUUGUUGGACAUCAGUCUCCCGAGACCAGUAAUACAGCUCUCAAGCUUAUCAUGGGCGCAGCUGGGCAUGGCUCUAGUCCAAUUCGUCAAGGAAACUGGGUUUUCCGCACAGGGCGUCUUGAUCCAGUUACCAGAGGGUCAUGAGCACCACGAAGACGAUGUUGCGAGCAUGGACGUCGACGAGCAGACUCCCGCCCCUGCAGACGUGCCUCAGACGCUCGCUGAGGGAACAGCAGCCAGUUCGCCAGCAGGUACGAAGGCACUCACCAAGGAUGGGCCACCAGAAAAUGACGCCAACGAAAGUAAUAUCACGAACGCAGACAAUCGACAGCGAAGCGUAUCCCUGCCAUCUCGAAAGCGAUCUGUCUCUGUAGCUGGUCUGCCUGAGCCUGCUGAGGAAGAAAAUGGAGACACAAAAAGGUCCAAGCGGAUAAGGAGGCGAGACACCCUCGCCGAAGAGGCGGUCGACGAGACUACUUUGCGCGCAGCACAGCUGCAGCCCUUCCAAGGCGCCGACCAAAACCUCUUUCAGUUGACAAAGAACAUACUCGAGAACCUAGGCGUAUCAGACAGAACCACCGUUGAUAGGAUAGGAGAGAUCCUCGAUUCAUGUGCAUUGGAAGAGCGAACUUCAAAAAUCACUCAUACUGCCAGCAUCGACCUGCGGGAUUCAUUGGCAACAUUCGAUGAGGAGACUGCGAGCGUCUUCCUCAACAAGUCGGAAACGACCGCUUUAGGGAUGAACGCCUUCUUGGAGCACACAAAGUCCGGUGCGCAGCGCGUUUCUGAACCGGCUGUGUUGAACGAGUCAGUGGGCCUCGGGAGCUUCAUCAAGAAGAUGAAUGCAGCGUACAUAGCCGCUCAAGAUGUGGCCUUUGAGUGGCUCGUCACCAUGUCUCGAAGCUAUACCUCCAAGAAGUGGUCUGAGGAGCUGAAAACUGCGGUCGUCCAGACUAUCAGCCACUAUGAUGAGGCCAUAUACGAACGGAUGCAUCACGAGCUCCGUCGGAUCGAAGACAACACUGAUUACGAUGAUCAAUUGGUCGAGUUGGAUAAUCUCGUGCAGAUGCUUUUCGAAGUCUAUCUUGAUGUUUACGAGCGUAUCACCGAUCCGAACAGCCGCGUUGACCAAGUCAUCAGAGUGGGAACAAAAAUUCGUCUAGGUCGCUGGUUGGAUCUGGCAUCGGAGCUCAGCCGCUCACGACCACUUGACUCUGGUCAUCAAUUAUCUCAGCGUUUCCUUUGGGCUUGUGUCUUCUCGACAACGCUGGCCGAUAACAUUUCCCGAGAUCACAUACUUGCAUGCUGGCAUAGUCUGCGGGACUACCUAGCAGCGACAGGCCAUGACAAGAUCGAGCUGCCCAACAAUGCUGUCAUGCCGGAUGUCUCCGCUGCCGAGGCUGAUCGAGAAAUUAGCAAGCUCACGACUAUGGACUUCUUCCUCGGCCUGUUCCAGGAGGAGAUGACGGAUGCUGUCGCAGUGAUUGAGACUCUUGAGCCAGUGCUGAAUCCAGAGACAGUCUUCAUUGCGGCUGACAAGGAGGACUCUUCAACUGACGAGAACCAGACGGAUAAUGAGCAGCCCUCCAAGGUCUCCAUUAAGGAGUGUGCCAAUCAAGGCCUGAAGGACCUCUGGAGAUUCCUUGUCGCGAGCAGCACUGAUCUCAGGCUUCUUCUAUGGUCCCGCUUGAGCGAUGCUUACGGCUCGAUCAAUUACUCAACAAAACAGUUCUCUUGUCUUCUCAGAAGUAUCGAGAUGGUGAUUAACGACAUGGACAGCGAGGCAUACUUGAGCACCCCUCAAGACUCACGCAGAAUACACCUUCUGAAGUUGACUAGGUCAAUACACGACAUGAUGGUAUCUGCCCUCUCGCUGGCUCUCAAUGAUAACACCGCAUUUGAUAUCAUCGACGAGGACCAUCUCAGGUCUACAUCAUCUGCUUUAGCUAGGCUGAGCUGCUUCGUGCACGUCGCAGUCAUGCAGGAAGACGAGUUCACCCUUGGCAUAGCCCCCGCACCUUCAAAAUCGUCCGCUUACAACGAACUACUUGAAAGUUUGCGAGAUCUCCAGGUCAGGACGUGGACCUUGCAGUACUGCCUCAUCAAAGUGGGCAUCCACCAAAAUGCGUCCAUCUUCAAGACGCCCGAUAGUGAUUUGGCCGAUUUUUUGAACGCUGUCCAUCAAGUCCUGGGCCUGCGGAAAUCAUGCAGCUCAUCCAACAAGGUAUUCUUGAAGAUGAUGCGCAUAGAGCUCUUGAAGCAAAGAAACAUCGAGAAUUGGGAAGACUACCUGGGACAGGUUCUCUACGAUCUCCACGGGCUGAAGCUGGGCGUAGGCAUCUGGGAGGUGCAAGAUCACGGCUGCACGCCAGAGAAGCUCGAGAAACGCCCGGCAAUGCAGCUUGUCGAGAAGAUCAUGUUGCUGGCGAACCGUAUGUCGAUGAAGGAUCUGCUGAAAUCGGAUCUCAAGAAUACCAUCGAACACAUGCAAGGUGCCAUUGGUCAGGCCAAGUCCAGCACGCCCAUGAUCCACAACCUCCGCAAUUUCCAGGAAUAUAUCAAGAAGCCCAUACAUCCUCUGCGAUUGUAUCAGGCUCUUGAUGGUACUGUGCCCCUUGACGCUAUGACCGUCAAUACGCCCGAGGCGUCACUUGCCAAGAGCGGCUGGUUCUUUCUGCUGGGAAUGAUAGCUCUGACAAAGUUCAAAGGCGUCGACCUGAAUCGUCGCCAGACCCCAGGCGCUACUGAUGAUCUACGCAUUGGUGCGACAUUCCUGCGUCUGCAGCUACAAUUUACGCCGGACAUGUGGGAAGCAUGGUUCAGACUUGCCGAAUGUUUCGAUUAUGAAUUGGACGAAGCCGUCCUGUGGUCUGCUGAUAAGAUGAACAAGGAGCGGAAUGAGUUGCUCAAAUUCCAGCGCCAAGCGAUUCACUGCUACACUCUGGCGCUGUCUCAUUCUCAGUCCUGGACCCCUGAGACCACCGAAGAUGAGCAGAAGCUCUGCCAGCUUUAUUACAAUUUCGCCAUGCGCAUGUAUGCGUCGAGUCGGGAACCCUUUGCCAUGGAGCCCUUCCAGCACCGCGAUCAUGCUCGCUUCUACCCGGAGUCGAACGGCAGCGGAACCUUCCAAAAACCCUUACACAAGGAGAUGACGGACUUCGAGGUCUGGAAAUACGCAGCUGCCCUGUUCAGGAAGGCAAUGAAGGGACGGCCCAAGGAUUGGAAGAAUCCCUACAUGCUGUCCAAAUGCCUCUGGAAGAUGUACCAGAAGCCGAUUGAGUCCCUGGAGCCCAAGGACCAAAAGGCAAGGCCGACUGUCGCAGCACUCAUCGCAGCUCUAGAGAAAGCGGUCGAGGUAGUAUCGCUUCUUCCCAAGCCUCGCCACGGCCAGGAUCCAAUCUUGGAGCCGCAUUACAAGAUCGUCUCGGUACUGUGCAAGCUUGUGAGUCGCGAGGAGAUGUCGGUGCAAGAGGCCACAGAUGUUCUCCAGCGCCAGCCCAACUCGCCUCAUCGCGGCGAGAAGGCCACAGUUGAGUCCCUAGAUGAUUGGGAGGGCUACGUUAUUGAGACCUUGCGACACCUGCGUGAUAAGGACAAGUCACACUGGCAGCACCGCAUAAUUAUGCGGCACGCUCGCAUGAUUUACGACCCCAAGGAGAAUGAUUCUCCAAGCCAGUUCAUAGAAGCUCAGGCGGCUUUUGCGGUACUGCGAGAACACAUGGUGACCAAGACGAUGGCCAUCAAUGUGUGGAAGUGCGAUGCCGAACGUCCAGGACGGCACCAUGUUUUCACAGAGCAGUAUGUGCGGUAUAUAAUACAUCUGCUAACUCUCACGCAUGAUCGUGUGAACAUGGAAGCACUUUUGAGAAAAAUCCGGAAGAAGGGUGCGGACUUCUACCACUUCAUCGACCUGUGGGCCAGCUGUGUGCAAGCGUACACGAAGCUUCUACGGCGUACAUACAAGAUUCAUCCUGUCGAGGAGGACGUGUUCAAGAACAUGAGUCCCGAGGAGUUUGAGAUUUUGGCAGAACGAGUCUCGGACUGGACUGGCAAGGAGGACAGAGAUCACCACGCGCUGAGCGCCAUGAAGGAUACCAUUGAACUUAAGAAGCUAAACGGAGGCUUGACCAAGGCCGGCAUGAUCGACGACCUCAUCAACGACUGUUAUUCGGUACUCUACCUGGCCAUUGCCGACGAGCUACCAGGGCCAGAACCGUCGAAAGUCAUCGAGGAGCGCAAUCGUGUCGCGGGCUUGGAGGCGAAUGUGCAAACUGACAAGGAUCAAUUCAAUGGCCUGCUGCACCCUAAUGGCCUCGCCAAGAAAGAGGAGACCGGCGCGGGUCGUGCGUCCAGUGAAACGCCUUCUCAUGGCGCUGGCAAUGGUGAAAAGAUGGAGAGAUCUGCUUCCAACAAUGCAGCGGAGGGCAGUAGUGCGGUCCGUCGCAGACUGGUCGGCGUCCGACGUGCCGACAUCCUCCGCAAGGCCGAGCAAGCUGUGUUGCGAGCCACCGAGCAGCCUCCGCCUAAAUCUGCCGUCAGUGAGCGAUCGAGCAGCCGGAAGUCACGCCGUGGUAGUAUGGCGACCUCGAACAGAUCUGGGAGUACAUCUGGUUCCGGAAGUGAGGAUGGCGAUGACGAGCAGGACGAGGAGGAGGAUGAGGAGGAAGUAGAGGACAACACUAUGGACGUGAACGCCGAGGAUCAAGACCACGAAAUGGCGGACCUGCACACUGCCGAGGAGGGGGAGGGCGAUGAGGUCAGGGACGAUGGAGCGGAAGAGACCGGAUAG